CCUGACUGGACCCCGGGCGCGCGACCUGAGGCUCUGGAGUUCAGACGGACGGGAGAGACACCCUGUGUAUGACGGGGUGCGAGAGAGGACGCGAUGUGAUGGGAACUGGGAAUCGAGACCCAGGAAUCCCACUUGCGGAGCCCCCCCCUUUCUUCUUCCUCGCCCCUCGUCCUUCCCGGGACUCCCGCAGCGACCUCCGCCCGCGACCCGAAGUCACAGGCCGACGGCCCCUGGUCGGAGCGAUGGUGCCACCUAGCGGGCCGUGUGGGGACGGCCCGAGGCGGCGGCGGCGGAGACCCCAGGCUCCGGGAGGCGCUAACGACCGGCUGGGGUGGCGCUUCAGCACCGCCGUGGGUCGGACAGCGCCUCCCGCCGCCCCCCCAAGUCCUGGAAGCCCGGCUUCCGAGCCGGGACCCAACAGAAGGACCUGAAGGAACUGCGGGCUCCCCUAGCCUGCACCUGGCGGCCCGUGGUGGCCCUCAGUGUGCGAAGCCGAAUUGGGGAACCCAGCGUUCUCCCUUCUCUAAUCCCUCCUUCCUCCCGGUCCAGCCUGGGUGGUGCGGACUAGGCAGUCCGGGGUUGCGGAGGGGAGGGUCACGCUUAUAACUCUUCAUACGACGCUUUCAAACGCGAGCCUCCUCGAGAACUACUAGAGAGGAGCCCCAGAGGCAGGCGGGGCUCCUACAAAUCCAGAAACUAGCAAGCUCUUCGCCCCCUAGUAAUCGCGGCGCAUAUUUAUCGUCGGGCGCUAGGACCCAGGACACCCAUGAAGGUGGGAAGCAGUGCCCCGGAGCUCUUCGCCGCACGUUCCCGGUCCCAGAAGCUGCCCCAGCGCUCGCAUGGCCCCAAGGACUUCCUCCCUGACGGCUCGGAGGCCCAGGCCGAGCGGCUGCGCUUGUGCCGCCAGGAGCUCUGGCAGCUGCUGGCCGAGGAGCGCGUGGAGCGCCUGGGCAGUUUGGUGGCCGCCGAGUGGAAACCAGAAGGCUUCGUGGAGUUGAAGUCUCCUGCGGGUAAAUUCUGGCAGACCAUGGGCUUCUCAGAGCAGGGCCGGCAGCGGCUUCAUCCAGAAGAGGCCUUGUAUCUCCUGGAGUGUGUGAGUGGGGCCCCGGGAGAGUGGAGAGGGGAUUGUGACCAAGGAACCGGAAGGGCGUUUCUACUCAGGGAAAAGGGCUCCAUCCAGCUCUUCCACCAAGACCUUCCGCUGUCUAUCCAAGAGGCCUACCAGCUGCUGCUGACCGAGGACACAGUGACUUUCCUGCAGUACCAGGUCUUCAGCCACCUGAAGAGACUCGGCUAUGUGGUUCGACGAUUCCAACCAAGCUCCGUCCUGUCCCCGUACGAGCGGCAGCUGAACUUGGACAGCGGUGCCCAGUGCCUGGAGGGCAAGAGGAAGAGAAGCUCCAGCUCUCAGUCUAUUAAUAAAAAGCCCAAGGUCCUGCAGAACCCCCUGCAGGGGAUGGAUGGAACACCUGAGAGCCCAGCAGCUUGCAGCCCACCUCCCCAGAACCAGAACAGCUGCCGCCCAGAGGAGAAACCCCAGGAGUCAAGCCCUAUAAAGAGCCCCGUGGGCCCCCUUCAGCUGCUGGGGUUCCUGGAACCCUGCCCUGAUCUGGGCAGGGAGGGGGCGCAAUGCAGCCCAGAGAAUGGCAAAAUAGAAGACGGGGUUAUGGGGGCUUGUAAGCCCCGCUGGAACUUUGAGCAGAUCUCCUUCCCCAACAUGGCUGCAGACAGCCGCCAUACCCUCCUGCUUGCCCCCGCCCCUGAGCUGCUCCCGGCCAACGUGGCUGGACGGGAGACAGACGCCGAGUCCUGGUGCCAGAGGCUCAACCAGCGGAAGGAGAAGCUCUCUCGGCGGGAACGGGAGCGGCAGGCAGAGGCCCAGCACUUCCGCGAGGAUGUGAAUGCCGACCCCCAGGUGCAGCGCUGCUCCAGCUGGCGGGAGUACAAACAGCUGCUGCAGAGGCGGCACCUGCAGAAGACCCAGAGCCGUCCCCCACACCUGUGGGACCAGCCUGUCACCCCCUUGCUGAGUCCCGGUCGGGCCGACUCCCUAGCCAUGGUCCUUCAGCAGAUCUCUAUGCUACAGACGACACACCUUGCUGAUGGAGGUGCCCGGCUGCUGGAGAAGCCUGGGGGCUUGGAGAUCAGCUUUGAUGUCUACCAGGCUGACGCCGUGGCCACCUUCCGAAAGAAUAACCCUGGCAAGCCCUAUGUCCGGCUGUGCAUUAGCGGAUCUGAUGAGCUGGUCCCAGACCUCUGCACCCUCAAGCGGUUGUCCUACCAGAGUGGGGAUGUCCCUCUGAUUUUUGCCCUGGUGGAUCAUGGAGACAUCUCCUUCUACAGCUUCAGGGACUUCACGCUGCCCAGAGAUCUGGAACACUGAGCACCCAGCUGGGGUCUGCCCUGGGGGACCUGGACUGUCCACUCUCAGGGACCAUCGCAGUUGCCUCCUACACCCAGACUCUGACCUGUAGCUUCAGAGACUAGUCUGGGCCUUGGCCUUGGGUGUCUGAUGCUCACAGGAGAGCAAAGCCUUGCCCCGCUACCUGGCCUCUGCAGCGCUUCCAAGCCCCAGGUCUGAGACUGCUGCCUUGCAGUAAUCCCCUUGGAAUUCAGGACUAGAUUCCAAGAGUCCAGUGAGGUGGGGCAGAAGAGAAGACUCUGUGCCUUUUAAUGAGAGGGUGCCUGCUUCAUGCGAUAAAGCCAAAGCCAUUAAAAAAAAAAAAUAUAUAUAUAUAUAUAUCCUUUCA